GAUGAAGUACGCGUCGUAAAAUCGGGAAAGGAACGUGCGUUGGAAACCUUCCAAAAGCACAUCAAGAACUUGCGUGGCGCAAUGAAAGCACGUGAUUACUACCUGAUUCAGACUGAAUUUGAUGAGCUCACCAAGGCGAUGAUCAAGGCUAAGCAAUACUUGGCGGAAGGCGUUCCACGUCCCCUUGUGCGUAUUCUGGUGGACUUGGAAGAUUACGCUGUGGAGCGACUCAAGGACAAGGAACAGUUUAAGAAGCUUAGUGCCCGACAGGGUCGUGCCUUGAACCGGAUGAAACUGACAUACAAGAAGCACAACAAGGCGUACGAGGUCGUGAUGCAUGCUUACCGUAAGAAUCCUAUCGUGAGUGACGAUGAUGAAAAGAGCGAACCGGAGAGCGAUAGUGCUGCUUCUUCUGGAAGCUCGUCGAGUUCAAGCUCUAGUAGCAAAAAUUUGACUCCGGCUGUGCUCCUACGCAAGGUCAAUGAGAUUGCUUCCCAACGAGGACGCCGAGGUCGAGAUAGUCGUCAGCUUUUGCGGCAAUUGGAAGCGCUCUCGAGGCUGUCACUCAAGUUUGGACCACGUAUCGAAAUUCCCAUUCUAAUGCACGUGAUCUCAGCGCAGUUUGGAUUGCAGCGCACACUCGAUGAUACGAUGGAGACAGCGACGUGGAAAUCAUGUGCGUCGUACUUGCAGCGUAUUGCGGACGUUGUGGACGAUGGUUACAAACUAGUUGUUGAAAGCGUCGACGAGAGUGACAUGUCUAAGUUGACCGACGAAGAGAAAAAACGCAUUUCGGUCGUGGGUUCCUUGCCUCUCCACCUUACCCGCCUCGAGGAAGAAUACACGAAAAGCUUACAGCGCACUUCGCAACAUUCGUCUGAAUAUAUUGUACGCCUGCGCGAUGAAUCCAAACUAGUCGAGCUUUUGACGCGCUUCCAGAGGUACUUUGAGGCCGAGGGCAUGGUAACCGAUGCAGCCGCGUUGUCAAUGUUGCACAUGGAACAUAUAUACUACCGUCAUGACUCGAUUGCAAAGCAAGUAGACAAGGCUGCCAUAUUCUAUGAAAUAUUCGGUGAGGCCGUUAUGCUUCACCCUGCAUGUAUUACCGCAGACGAAGCUGGUAAGGAAAAAGGCGACUUUGAGGCUUUCCAUCCCGGUGCGUUCCAAGGGAAGCCAAACCUCGAAGAUACUGACGAUGUCAACUUCACCGAGGUCAUGUCCAGGCUUUCCAGUUUUGUGUACAAGCAUGGCACUGAUCAGGCCAAGACCCGUGCUGUGAUUUGUCAAAUAUAUCACCUUGCGUUGCACGAUCAUUUUUUAGAUGCUCGCGAUUUGCUGCUGAUGUCACACUUGCAGGAAACUAUUUACAAUGUAGGAGAUGUCUCCACAAUGGUUAUGUUUAAUCGCAUGAUGGUGACACUCGGUAUGUGUGCAUUCCGUUUGGGGCGUAUCAGUGAUGCCCAUCAGUGCUUGUCUGAGAUCUGCUCGAACCGUGUUCGCGAAUUGCUUGCCCAGGGAGUGAACACUGGUCGGUUCAGCGACAAGACUGCAGAGCAAGAAAAAGCCGAAAAGCGCCGGCAGAUUCCCUAUCAUCAACAUAUUAACAUGGACCUCCUUGAAGCUUGCCAUCUGAUCAGCGCAAUGCUGUUGGAAGUUCCCAACAUGGCACAAAUGGCAAUCGAUGGCGACAAUGGUACUCGCCGGAACCGUGUCAUCUCCCGAUCGUUUCGCAAGUUUCAUGACCAGUACAACCAUCAAGUUUUCACCGGUCCUCCAGAACAGACUCGCGACUUUGUCAUGAGGGCAUCCAUGGCUUUGAAGAAAGGCGACUGGAAGACAUGUUCUGAUUUGACAACGAACCUUGAUGUCUGGCAGCUGGUUCCAGGUGAAGGAGUGGCCGAACAAAUUGGGCAAAUGCUUACGGAAAAAAUCAAGCUGGAGGCACUACGGACUUAUUUAUUCUCCUUUUCAGCCCAGUAUGAUUCCUUGUCGCUUAGCCAGCUUUGCGGUAUGUUCGAAAUGAGCAAGAGCGAAGUCCAUUCGGUUGUCUCCAAGAUGAUUAUCAAUCGCGAGCUAUACGCUAGCUGGGAUCAACCAACGGAAACGAUUGUCUUGCGAAAGGUUGAGCCUACCUCUUUACAAGUGAUGGCCUUGCAAUUUGCAGAAAAAGCUUCCGGUCUUGUCGAGGCCAACGAGCGUCUUCUGGACUCGCAAAGUGGAGCCUACGGA